GUCGUGUCGCCUCCAGCGUCCAACACCUGCCGCCCCUACGUGUGCCACAUUCUUCACGCCACCUCGCUCCGCACCUUACAAAGCUCGCCGGCACGAGCCUCGCAGCUGCAAAAGGCCAAGACAAGACCAGUAGACCACGCAGCAGCCAGGCAAAACUCGUAGCAGCAACGCGACCGGGCCGGGCCGUGCCGGGGGGAGAGGCGGAGGGCGAUGGCGAAGAGCGGCACGGAGGAGUGGCGCCGGAACGCGGACACCCACAAGAUGAGCGCGGAGGAGGUGCGCGCAGCGGGCGUGGAGGCGUCGAUGCGGCCCCCGGGCCGCGGGCCCGGGGAGGUGCUGCACCAGCGCGGCCGGCUGCCGUACGGGCCGGGCACCAUGGCGCUCGUCGGCUUUGGCAUCGUCGGCGUCAUCGGCUACCUCGUGCUGUACCAGAAGGCCAGGCCCAGCACGCCCGCCACCGAGGUGGCCAAGGUGGCCGUCGGCCACGGGGACCCCGCUGCCGGCCGGGACCCCGAGAAGCGCCCCGAAGGGAAGUAGAGGUGCAGGUCCGUGGUAGCUGUGAGUGUGACAGCGAACAUGGGGGGCGGUAGUUUGUGUCCAGCUCUGUUUUUGCUGCUCUGUUUUUUAGCUUUUGUCGAGGACCUAGAGUUCUUGCGUUGUAAAAGACUGUAGUAGCUAGAUCGAAGAACUGAACUUAAUAAGAUUUAUGUUACUUGGCUUCAACAGGUUGAGAUAAAUCUUGUAUAUGUAAGGAUACAGAAGCUCGAAUUCAUUGUACCACGUUCAUCAGGAUUUUGG